ACGCUCGCCUACCUUGGUUUCACCGAUAUAUCUUCAACUAUAUCGUAUGGCAUGUCACGGCGACUUGUCACAACUCAUUUCAAGUUUAUAACGUUGGAUAUUUAUUUGCGAUCACUUCCUGAUACUAAGGACAUUAAUUAUUGUCAUGGCUGCUUCAGACCGCAAAGCGUUCAUAAAAGCCAUAGGUAAGGCGGGAGGUAGUGUUCUGCCGAUGAAAGAGCUUGCGGUGUCUGGUAUUGUCUGUAUAAAGAAGGACACAGAAAAAGAACAUACGCUGAAAGUUAACUUCAACAUACAGUCCGACGGAAAUAUUGUCCCUGGGUCAACACAGCACGUCAUCGACAACAUUCAGAGAGAUAGUGCGGAUGCUACUGAACUCAAAAAGGACAUCUGGAAGUACUCCCAAAGAUUGAUUCGUUACGAAGAUAACUUACAUCUGUUUGGCGUUAUAAAAGUAUCACACCAAACUACCGAUUAUAUCGUCACUCUCAAGCAAACUGUCGGUCAUCCUACAGGAAUCGGUCAAAAGCAAACUGUCGGUCAUUCUACAGGAAAUGGUCAAAAGCAAACUGUCGGUCAUCCUACAGAAAAAGAUCAAAAGCAAACUGUCGGUCAUCCUACAGGAAAAGAUCAAAAGCAAACUGUCGGUCAUUCUACAGGAAAUGGUCAAAAGCAAACUGUCGGUCAUUCUGCAGGAAAAGGUCAAAAGCAAAGUGUCGGUCAUUCUAAAGGAAUCGGUCAGAAUCAAGCUGUCGGUCACAAGCAAACCGAAGCUAAAACUGUAACUCCAAAAGUUGGCAAGACGCAUAAAGAGAAAGACGACCGGUGGUCGCAAGAUAUACUUCUUUCGUCUGGAAGCUUAGUUGCAAACAAAAGUGGCACAGAUCUUCCUGUGAAUAAUGAUGAACCGUCUAUUCCACAAUGCAGACCUGUAGCCUUUAUAGAGAAAUACCUUGCCAAGACACCUAAAAAGUCAGACAACGAGAGAACAUCCUGUCAAAAGAUUGACAGUUCCAUAAGUGGUGCGACAGGAGGAAACAUAUAUGACUGUAUUAAAAACACAGCAACAAGUAAACCUAGUACAUCGGCGAGCUUUAAGAUGGAAAAAGAAGACAGAAGUCACGUUGUGCUGAGCUCCCUAAAUAGCGGUACACAGCAAAUACAGUCGACUAAGGUUGCUUUCUCUUGCGGAAAAUGUGGAGGUAAGGAAUUACAAACCAGAAAAGGAAUAAUAUCGCACAUUAAAAAAUGCGCUAUGGUAGAGCACGAGGGAGCACUACGCUAUAUCAUAAAAAAAGAAGUACCCUGGCAUCCUAUACAGCGUGAAAUGAAAACUGACAAAAUGACAUCGGUUAAAGAUAUGAAACGAAAAAGAGAUGAUUCACCAGAUGAAGGAAUACAAAAAGAAGUACCCUGGCAUCCUAUACAGCGUGAAAUGAAAACUGACAAAAUGGCAUCGGGUAAAGAUAUGAAACGAAAAAGAGAUGAUUCACCAGAUGAAGGAAUACAAAAAGGAGUACCCUGGCAUCCUAUACAGCGUGAAAUGGAAACUGACAAAAUGGCAUCGGUUAAAGAUAUGAAACGAAAAAGAGAUGAUUCACCAGAUGAAGGAAUACAAAAAGAAGUACCCUGGCAUCCUAUACAGUGUGAAAUUAAAACUGACAAAAUGGCAUCGGGUAAAGAUAUGAAACGAAAAAGAGAUGAUUCACCAGAUGAAGGAAUACAAAAAGAAGUACCCUGGCAUCCUAUACAGCGUGAAAUGAAAACUGACAAAAUGGCAUCGGUUAAAGAUAUGAAACGAAAAAGAGAUGAUUCACCAGAUGAAGGAUUACAUGCAACUCCAAAGAAACCGAAGAUGGGGCAGAUAUGUAAAAUAUGCUAAACUAGGUUUGAAGAUCAAGGCCUUUGUUAUUGUCAUCGGUCAGAAGCAAACCGACAUAUGCCAUCCUGAAGCACCCGAGCCGAUUGCUAGUCAUAUUUUGUUUGAAGUUAAAAACAAAAACGAUACAUAUUUGGUGUAGAUAUGAUUUUAAAAUAUAACCAAACUCAGGACUGUUUUACUUUGCACUGCAGUAGAUACGUGUAUAAAAAUAUGUACAAAUAAGUUUAAAAUCGUCGGGUUUUCCCUUGUAUCAAAUGAUAAGCAGAUAUAAUCAUAUUAUGAAAGAUAUAAAAUACUUGCACUAUA